AUGACGAGGUCCAAAGCGCAGGGGCGCAGGGUAGAGGCGGCGGCAGAGGCGGCGCCCACCAGCGAGGUGGCGCCGCCUGCUGCUGCCACUCCCGCCCCGCCCAAGUUCAGCCCCGCGCUGACGGCGAUUGACCCCAGCCAGUACGACUCGCAGCUGGAGGCCAAAGAGCAGCGCAUCCGCAACCUGUUCGCAGAGUUCAACCCGCCGCCGCUGCAGGCCUUCCGCAGCCGCCCGGAGCACUACCGCAUGCGCGCGGAGUUCCGGGUGUGGCAUGAGGGGGAUGACCUGUUUUACAUCAUGUACGAGAAGGACGGAGAGGGCAAGAACCGGGAUGUGCGAGUGGAUAGCUUCCCGGUGGCCUCAGAGCUGCUGAAUGAGCUGAUGGGUCUGCUGCGGGAUCACAUCAAGGCCAGCCCCAUCCUACGCCACAAGCUCGGGCACCAACCCCGCAAAGUAUCCCUGCCGCAGGCCAACUUCCACACCACCCUCAGCGGCCAGUCUAUGGUCAGCCUGAUCUAUCAUAAGAAGCUGGGCGAGGAGUGGAAGGAGGAGCUGCGAGGGGUGUUGGCCAAGGCGCCCAGCAGCACCGCCACGCCGCAGAUCAUCGGGCGCAGCAGGGGCCAGAAGGUUUGCGUGGAUGCGGACGAGGUGCAGGAGGUGCUGAGCGUGGACGGCCAGCAGCUGAAGCAGGUGCAGGUGGAGGCGUCUUUCAGCCAGCCCAACGGCGGCAUGUGCCAGCACAUGCUGAGCUGGGCGCGCAGCGCGACAGCCGGCAGUACAGGCGGCGAGCUGCUGGAGCUGUACUGCGGCAAUGGCAACUUCACAGUGGCACUGGCACCCAACUUUAGAAAGGCAAGCAGCCAGGUGAGCAAGUCUAGCGUGGCUGCCGCCAAGCGCAACUUUGAGCUAAACGGCGUGGGCAACGUGUUUGUGGCGCGCAUGAGCAGCGAGGAGUUCACAGCGGCAUGGAAGGAGGGGCGGCAGAUGCGCAGGCUGGAGGGCCUGGACCUGCAGUCCCUGUCCUUCACCACGCUGCUGGUGGACCCGCCGCGUGCGGGGCUGGACAGCCAGACCGUGCAGCUGCUCAAGGACUUCCAGAGCGUGGUCUACAUCAGCUGCAACCCUGACACGCUGCACGCCAACCUGGCAGAGGUGCGGGACCUCUUUGAGAUCAAGCGCUUCGCCAUGUUUGACCAGUUCCCUUACACGCAUCAUGUGGAGUGUGGGGUGUACCUCCAGCGGCGGGAGCAGCAGCAGGAUGAGCAGGCGGCAGCAGCAGCAGACAAGCAGCAAGCGGAUGUCGCGCCAGCAACAAACGGGGCGGCGGCGACAGCCGAUGAGGGCGGGCGGGGCGCCAAGCGGAAAGCAGAAGAAGGUGCAGCCUGA